AUGUGACUUCAGGGGAUCGCUGCUGAGCCCAGGCUGACCAUGAGCCCGGAAAGCUGCCUCCUGCUUGACUAUGAGGGAGAUAACUUUGCUCUCUCCCAGGCUUGUUUCAAUCACAGCUCCAAUCACUCCGCGGAGGACUGGUUCUACCCCGGGGUCACCUAUGCCAUCGUCCCCGUCUAUGGGAUCAUCAUCCUCAUAGGGCUCAUUGGCAAUGUCACUCUGAUUAAGAUUUUCUGCACUGUCAAGUCUAUGAGAAAUGUCCCCAAUCUGUUCAUCUCCAGCCUGGCUCUGGGAGAUCUGCUACUCUUGGUCACUUGUGCCCCCGUGGAUGCCAGCAGAUACCUGGCAGACAAGUGGCUCUUUGGCGUGGUGGGCUGCAAGCUGAUACCCUUCAUACAGCUAACAUCGGUAGGGGUGUCUGUAUUCACACUGACUGCACUCUCCGCUGACAGGUACACAGCAAUUGUAAAACCCAUGGAUAUUCAAGCCAAUAAUGCUUUGACUAAGAUCUGCAUCAAAGCUGCACUUAUCUGGAUAUUGUCCAUGACCCUGGCCAUUCCAGAAGCUGUUUUCUCGGAUUUGCACCCAUUUUAUGACAAAGAAACCAACAAAACAUUUAUCAGCUGUGCCCCCUACCCACAUUCUGAUGGACUGCACCCAAGAAUCCAUUCGAUGACUUCAUUUUUAAUCUUCUAUAUCAUGCCUCUGUCCAUUAUCUCAGUAUAUUACUAUUUUAUUGCGCGGAAUCUGAUUCGAAGUGCGUACAACAUGCCAGUGGAAGGAAAUGUGCACGUUAGAAGACAGAUUGAAUCCCGAAAGCGACUUGCAAAAACAGUCUUGGUUUUUGUUGGACUCUUUGCAUUCUGUUGGCUGCCGAACCACGUAAUCUAUUUAUACCGCUCCUACCAUUAUUCAGAAGUGGACACUUCCGUCCUGCACUACAUCACCAGCAUCUGUGCACGGGUGUUAGCUUUUACCAAUUCCUGUGUUAAUCCAUUUGCAUUGUACUUGCUCAGCAAGAGCUUCAGGAAACAGUUCAACAACCAAUUGUUCUGCUGCAGGCCCAGGCUCAUUGUCCGAUCACAGAGCAUGGGAAGAAGCACCACCAGAAUGACCUCUCUGAAGAGUACCAACCACUCGAUGGCCAGUUUCAGUCUGAUUAAUGGCAAACAUAUCUGUCACGAAGGCUGUGUAUAAGAUCCACAUGCUGUCUUUUCUUGGACAUUUGUACACUUUCACCUCCUCACUUUGUAUUUCUGUAUGUGUAAAUAAGAGAAGUAUUAUUAAUGUCCACACAGGGUUUUUGUGUGUUGCAGGGAAAUUUAGAAGAUGUUGACAGUCAGCAAC